AUGAAAUCCAACAUCGAACUCAUUGGAGAAGCGGAUAAUUUUCCCUAUUCAUGCCAUGCUGACGAUGGCAAGCAUCAGCCGCCGUGCGAGGGUCUGUACACGUUGCUGUGGGAGGAUGAUCAAGGGCAAUAUCCCAUCGGUUACAUGCUGGAUCGCGUUGUUCAGGCACUCAUGCGAAUGCCAGCCAAUGUCACCGGCGAGAUGAAAAUCAGCCAUGAGAAUCGCACACUCCUCCUCUUUCAGCAGUUGCCCACCGAGAUGGAUAGAAGCCGAGCAGCAGCAGUGCUAGCCAACAGCCUGCGUAGCCAAGAUACCUUCAGGUUGCUUCGGGGCUGGCGAGAUGAGGCGUGGCCAGUCUACAGCCGCAAGGGGGAGCUUCUGUUCAGCAUAGAACGAACCGCGAUGGGGCUUCUAGGUACGAUGCGCUAUGGCGUGCACAUGACAGCCUACGUUGCCGAUGCCACCGCGCCUCACGGCCUCAAGAUGUGGGUGCCUCGGCGCGCCGCCGACAAGUCCACCUUCCCUGGCAUGCUCGACAACACCGUCGCAGGCGGGCUCAUGACAGGCGAGGAUCCCCUCGAAUGCAUUGCCCGCGAGGCAGAUGAAGAGGCCAGCCUGCCGCAAGACUUGGUCCAGCGGCAAGCCCGUUGUGUCGGCACAGUCACCUACAUCUAUGUCACGGAUAGGGAGCACGUCGGCGAUGAUGGCUUCAUCUAUCCUGAAUGUCAAUGGGUCUAUGAUCUCGAAUUACCUACCGACGUCAUUCCUCGACCCAAGGACGGCGAGGUCGAGCAGUUCUACCUCUGCGAUGUAGAUCAGGUGAAGCAGUACCUAUCCGAGGGCAAGUUCAAGCACAACUGUGCCCUCGUCGUCCUCGACUUCUUUAUCCGGCACGGCAUUCUGAGCGAGGACAACGAGCGCGACCUGGGCCUAAUGAGACAGAGAAUGCACCGAAAAAUACCAUUCCCUGGGCCACAUCAGACCGAUUGGAACCAUGCCUUCCCUAGCCUAUCCUCGAGGUCCCGGAGCAGUCAAAAAGAUGGCGAACUAGAUCCUUGA